GGUGGUAGGCUAUUACACUUACAAAUAUGAGCUUGGUAAUUUAAAGUACUUUUUAGAACUUUCCUAUUUCUAUUUUCCAUCUGAACAUUAUUAAAGCUGUUUACUACAAGAUGAUGCCGAGAAUAUUGUUUGUUAUAGUCUUUUUAAUGGCGGAAGUUCAAGCUGGUGCAUGGAAAAAUAUGCGAGAAUUCGUUCCUUCAGAAUUCUUUGCUAAAUUUGAUAAAGAGGUUACUGCAACUGAGGCAUUGGGAUUUGCUUUCGGCAAAGAUAAGAACUUUGUUUACCGCAAACAUCCCAAAUGCGCACCGCUCAGUUAUUCAUCAGGACCAGAUGACGUAUGCCAAAAUGAGAAGGGAACAGGUGAGAAAACGAGUUGCAAAGACAGAAAAUGCUCUUACAUUGCUCGUUAUGGAUCGACUAAAUGCAACAAAAUGGUUGAAUUAUACAGGCCGAUCAAACUUGUCACGGUCGAAUGCAGGUCUCCUCAAAGGUCAUGUGGCCAGCUAAAAAAAUAUUACAAUUCAAAUAUUAGUAUGCAAAAACUUUACCCCGCAACUUCAGGCAAUUCUGAAUUUUAUCUGCGUGGCACCUCCAAUAAGAGAUCCGAAUGCGAAUGUCAGACUAUUUGGUGCGUUGGUGAGAUGUUGACAAUCUACAAAGUAAAUGGAAGAUUGUUCAAGGGAGAUAUAACAAUUAAGAAACCAUGCAAAUGCGAUUGCAGAAAAAAAGUGACCAGAUCGACUUUUUGGAAAUAAACAAAGAAGAGAGAAGGCUGCUGAUAUGUUGAAUUGUUCAUUGUUAAAACUAUGUACAAUUUUUUGCAUGUGUAAUAAAUGAAUGUAUAAAAGAA